AUGAUCAAAGUCUCCUCCAUUCUAUUGGCUGUUUUCCUAACGAAUUUCGUGGGAGGCGCUCCUACCAGCCGUAACUCCUCCUCUACCGAUGCCAGUGUCACAACGUCGUUCACUGAGGUUGUGUCGAGUACUGCGAUCCCGACUUCGACAGAUACCUCCUUCGAAGAGACGACUACUGUCGGUUUUAUCUCCACCAACCCUAACAACGUCUUGUGGAACGACAGCAGCGACCCCUCUGUAGUGACCCCCGAACGUGGGACACUCGGUGCACCCAUUAUGGGGCCGGAUAACAUACCGCUCGAUCUACAAAAUCCUGACCUUUUGGCACCACCGACCACUGACUCUGGAACACUUCCCAACGCCAAAUGGCCUUUCUCCCUUAGCCAUAACCGUUUACAAACCGGGGGAUGGGCGCGCCAACAGAACAUUCAGGUUAUGCCUAUCGCUACUCAGAUGGCUGGUGUCAACAUGCGACUUGAACCGGGAACCUAUAGUGAGCUCCACUGGCACACGACGUCAGAGUGGGCGUACGUGUUAAAGGGAUCGACUCAAGUCACUGCAGUUGACGCAGAUGGCCGAAACUACCUUGCUACAGUGUAUCCUGGUGAUUUGUGGUACUUCCCUCCUGGUGUGCCUCACUCUCUACAGGCCACCGGAGACGAUGAAGAGGGUUCCGAGUUCCUUCUUGUAUUUGAUAGUGGAGACUUUAAUGAAGACGCCACAUUCCUGUUGACCGAUUGGUUGGAUCAUGUUCCCUAUGAAGUCAUCCGAAAGAACUUCCAAGUCAGUAACCCGGAUGCGUUCGCGCACAUCCCGGCACAUGAGCUUUACAUCUUCCCAGGCCCUGUUCCCGACGAUGAUGCAACUGCCCCGGAAGAUCCUCAAGGAACGGUCCCUAAUCCCUUCUCGUUCCCGCUCUCUCAAAUCAAUGCCACUCAGUAUUCGGGCGGAUCCGUGAAGAUUGCGGAUUCCACCACAUUCACUGUCUCUACGACUAUCGCCAUGGCCGAGGUGACCGUUAAUCCCGGCGCAAUGCGGGAGCUGCACUGGCAUCCUACGAUGGAUGAAUGGAGCUUCUUCAUGCAAGGUACCGCAAGAAUGACCAUCUUCGCAUCGGAAGGUACUGCCAACACAUUCGAUUACCAGCCUGGCGACAUCGGUUACGUGCCGACGGCUUACGGCCACUACGUCGAAAAUACUGGAAAUACGACAUUAAAGUACUUAGAAAUCUUCAAGUCGGAUCGCUUCCAGGAUAUCAGUCUUAACCAGUGGUUGGCUUUGACUCCUCCCGAGUUAGUUCAAGCCCAUUUGAACUUGGACAAUGAGACUAUUAGCCAGCUUUCCAAAGUUAAGCCAGUCGUAAUUGGACCUAGUGCUUGA